AAAUCAUAGAAUUUUCGAGGUGUGACGCCGACCUACGAGAUGGUAUAGUUGUGUCCCCCAAUCCAAAUCCAAGGAUCCUCGCCCAAAUUUCUUGACGAGAGUGGAAAAAAGAAGAGAGAAUUGAACCAAGAAAAUGAGUUGGGGAGUCACGGCAUCCCCACCGAGUUAUUGUCCACGCACCCCACUUCACCAUCCACUCUCUUUCUCUUAUUUCAGGCCAAUUGCAAUUGGGUCGCACAAAUUUCCAAGAAUCAAUUUAAGGUGCAAUUGUAGUUCCAAACCUGGUGAAUCUGGUCCUGGUGAGAAUGAGAGUAGAAGUGUUCUAGAUGCAUUCUUCCUUGGGAAGGCUCUGGCAGAAGCACUAAACGAGCGUAUAGAGUCGACUCUGGGGGAGUUCAUAAGUACUAUUGGUAGAUUGCAAGCUGAGCAACAAAAACAAGUUCAAGAAUUUCAGGAGGAUGUGUUGGAAAGAGCCGAAAGAGCCAAAAAGCAAGCAGCGCGUGAAGCUUUGGAAGCACAAGGACUUAUUCCCAAGCCUUCUGAACCAAAUAUGACUACAGCUAGUAAUGGUGUCUCUUCAGCGGCUUCAUCCUCCCAGCCGACCUCACUUGUUGAAGGUGACAAGAUCGAUCCAGGCUCGACCAAUGAAGACUCGCCUUUGGAGGUAUCAGAAGAGGACUAGUUAUUGAUAAUGCGUUUGUUAACGAAUAUAUAUUCUUCAUCUUCCAUGUUAGAAAGUAGUCCUGUCUUUCUUUCAGAUAAUCAAUUUCCAUUCUCAAUGGGUUGAUAAUUUCUUGAAUAUCGACUUUCACUAUGCAAAAAUAGGCUUAUAUCAAUAUAUACAAUGAUUUGCAGUGCAAAAA